CCGAACGCAUGGGUGAAAUACAAUUAUUUAUAACACCUAUAAUACUAAUUAUAUAAGUAAUAAUAAAAUAUUAUAUUAAUAACAAUAAUGUCUUGUACAUCAUUGUUAGUUUGUACGGGAGUUGUUUUCUUCCUGCAUGUCUUCCAGGUCAUGUCCGUCGAUAUCGACGGUUCGGCGGACAGCGGCUUGCCGAAGACAUGGAUCGCGAAAAUCUUCUACGAGGCGCUGGUCGACUUCAACGGGCCCAGAGACGUGGGCAGUACAGCGUGUCGCCAACAGACGCAAAUGUACGCCAGACACUUGGAAAACGAUUCGCUAUGGGCGGUGCAGAUGUCUGAUUCUUGGAUACGGUAUCCGAACGGCAUACUUGUCGGCACCUCACACCACAUGGGUGUGUACGAUGAGUGCGUCAGCGUUCACAGGCCAAUUCAGGGCAAAUACUGUAUACCAUCCGUCAAACUCGGAUCGUCAAACGGCGUCGAUUUUACGGUCGGCAAACCCGAUCAACCGCAGAGCAACGACCACGCCUGGCGUGAGAUACUCGGGUUCGUAGAUCAUGACAAACAACUGCACAGGAAUGUCGUAAAAUUUGGCAUUUGCAUCCCGGACUCUUGCACUGCUGCCGAUCUCCAGGUUACGCUACAAAAGGAAUUCGACAAACACUUCCUACCACAUCAGGUUAAAGCUCAAGUCGAAGUCGAAUCAAUAUUGUGUUCGACGGAUAAGGACGAAUAUCCGUACGAUACCGGCUACUAUUUGACCAGUUCACUAGUUGGAUUCAUAUUCUUGGUCUGCUGCUUAUCGACGGCGUACCAUUUGAUAAUAAUAAUACGGGAUAACAACGGAAAAAAUAGUGAAAUGCCAGAAACGUUUGGCUCAUUCUCGCUAAUUCGCAACUGCAGAGAUCUGAUCAAAUACAACAAAAACAACGAAUUGAACAUCUUCAAUGGGCUAAAAGUUGUUGCCAUGUUAUUGGUGUUGUUCUGCCAUAAAUUUCUAUAUUUUGUAAUAAAUCCGAUCACAUCCGGGAUUUACCUUGAAAAGUUAGCUGAUGCCCAUUUUAGCGGACGUUGUGUCGGGGUUUUGUAUCGUGUUUCACUGGGUCCAAUAGAAAAACUACUCAACAACAGAUUAACGGUGCCACUGGGUAGACUAUCCUAUACAGUUUAUCUUGUCAACAUCAUCGUUAUGAUGAUGAUAGAAAGUAAACAAAGAACAGCCGUAACUCCUUCAUCAUAUAUAUUGGUUGAUGGAUGGAUUAUCGGAUCGUUCAGAACAUACUUUGCGGGAACUUUGCUGUAUUUGAUCAUUGAUGCACCGCUUGGACUGUUGAUCAAACUAUUAUUGUUUGGAAAGUAA